UAUUUGCUAUGCUUCAUUGCAGUAGUUUAUCAACUUGGAAUAUUAUCUAGGCCGCCCCUAGCUUUCUAACGCUUUUCCUUUUUAACCUGUGGUUGGAGGUGCGUGCGGUAAAGAUUUCAAGAUGUUCACAGCGGAGAAAGCUUCAUCAGCUGACAAACCCCCCAAUAUAUUGGUGUUUUUCUGCAAUGGCAAAAAAGUUGUUGACCACCAUGUGGAGCCAGAACUUACAUUGCUUGCAUACCUACGCACCAAAUUACGCCUUACUGGUAGCAAGCUUGGCUGCGGGGAAGGUGGGUGUGGAGCUUGUACAGUCAUGGUGUCCAAGUAUUCUCCAAAAGACAAAACCAUCAACCACCUUGCUGUCAACGCCUGCCUGGCGCCCAUCUGCUCUGUGCAGGGUAUGGCCGUCACAACUGUGGAGGGGAUUGGCAGCACCAAGACUAGACUCCAUCCAGUACAGGAGCGUAUAGCUAAGGCCCAUGGCUCCCAGUGUGGUUUCUGUACUCCCGGCAUUGUUAUGUCAAUGUACACCCUGUUGAGGAACAAUCCACAGCCUACCAUGGAGGACAUAGAGAGUGCGUUCGAGGGCAACCUGUGUCGCUGUACGGGGUACCGGCCAAUCCUUCAGGGCUACAAGACCUUUACCAAGGAAGGAUGCUGUGGUGGCAAUGUCACGAAUUGCUGCAUGAACACCGAUCAGAAUGGCAUCAGGGAAGAAGGGGUUUCCACGCAGCUUUUUGACCCGAGUGAGUUUACGCCUUACGACCCCACUCAAGAGCCAAUAUUCCCUCCAGAACUGAUGCUUAUGCUGGAUGAAGGGACUCUAGCAGUCCAGAAAUUUGAGGGUAACAAUUUGAUCUGGUUACGCCCAGCCACAGUCAGCCAACUGCUUGACCUUAAGGUCAAGUAUCCCCAAGCCAAAAUGGUCGCCGGAAACACUGAAGUUGGUGUUGAAGUCAAGUUCAAGAAUCAAGUCUAUCCCGUCAUUAUUGAUAUCAACCACAUUCCAGAGAUGACCAGUAUUGAGACCACACCCUAUGGGGUGAGAGUAGGGGCCUCAGUGUCGCUGUCGUGUCUUGAUGGUUAUCUGAAGAAGGUCAUCCAAGACCAGCCAGAACAUAAGACACGCAUCUAUGCAGCCAUUGUGGAGAUGCUUCGCUGGUUUGCUGGACAUCAGAUCAGGAAUGUCGCUUGUUUGGGUGGUAACAUAGCGACCGGGAGCCCCAUAUCGGACAUGAAUCCCCUGCUCAUGGCUGCAAGGUGUACCCUGGAGCUCACCUCCAAACAAGGUUCACACGCAGUUACCAUGGAUGGCAACUUUUUCACUGGUUACCGAAAAAAUAUCAUCGGCCCGAAUGAGGUCAUCCUAGCUGUUAAUAUUCCAUUCACAUCAGAGAACGAGUAUUUCUACGGCUUCAAGCAGGCCCCACGACGUGAGGAUGAUAUAGCCAUAGUGAAUGCUGGCAUGAGGGUCCUCAUGAAACCUGGCACCAACGUGGUAGAGGAUUGUACCCUGGCAUUCGGUGGCAUGGCUCCUACAUCGGUGCUGGCCUCAAAGACCAUGGCAAGCAUCAAAGAAAGGCACUGGGCUGACGGUUUAGUGGAGGCAAUGUGCCCGUUAUUGGCCGAGGAUUUGCCCCUACCCCCUGGGGCACCGGGCGGCAUGGAACCCUACCGACAGUCACUCACCCUCAGCUUCUUCUUCAAGUUCUACCUUGGGGUCUUGGAGGAGUUGAAGCUCAAAUUGCCUGGUCUGAGUGACACAUCUAUCCCUGCGUCCUUCAAGUCGGCCAAUCAGCAGUACCAUAAGAACUCGGCUCGGGGAGUGCAGAUGUAUCAGGAGGUCCCUGCAGGUCAGCCUGAUUCUGAUGCUGUGGGCCGACCUUUGACCCACCUUGCUGCCCUCAAGCAGGUCACCGGUGAAGCUUUGUACGUCGAUGACAUUACACCAGCAAGAGACGAGCUUUAUCUUGGCAUGGUGUGUAGCAAGAAAGCCCAUGCAAAGCUACUGUCAGUAAAUGCGACUGCAGCCCUGGCACUAGAGGGUGUCCAUGCCUUUGUGGAUGUUAAUGAUGUGCCAGGCUGUAAUAUGAUCGGUCCCACUGCACCACAAGAUGAUCCCGUCUUUGCUGAUGGAGAGGUGGUUCACGUGGGCCAGCUGAUUGGUCUGGUGGUUGCAGACAGCCAGGCCAUUGCCCAGAAGGCAGCUAAACUCGUCCAAGUGGAAUAUGAGGAACUACCGGCCAUCAUCACCAUAGAGGAAGCCAUCGAGCAAGACUCCUAUCUGCCCUCCAACCUUUUCCUGAAGCGAGGCAACGUUCAGGAGGUCCUCGAGAGCUGUGAUCACAUCCUUGAGGGAGAGGUGCGCACAGGUGCCCAGGAACACUUCUACUUGGAGACUACCAGCACGCUGGUCAUCCCCGGCGAAGGGGGAGAGGUGGAAGUCAUAUCGUCAACCCAGGCAUUGACAACAACUCAAGACCUGGUAGCCAAAGCCCUUGGGAUCCCCAAUAACAGGGUUGUGUCUAAAGUCAAGAGGCUCGGCGGUGGCUUCGGUGGCAAGGAAACCAGGUGCUGUGUACAUGCAGCAGCCUGUGCUGUGGCAGCCAACAAAGUCAAUCGUCCAGUGCGGUUGAUGCUGGACCGAGACGAGGAUAUGAGCAUGACGGGGACCCGCCAUCCAUUCCUAGGUCGCUACAAAGUGGGACUGGCUAAAGAUGGCGAAAUGAGGGCGCUUCAGAUUGAUCUGUACUCCAACUGUGGAUUCUCCAAUGAUCUUUCCAAUGCAGUUAUGGAGAGGGCAGUUUUUCACUCAGACAACUGCUACAACAUCCCCAACUUCCAAGUCCGGGGCCACCUGUGCAAGACCAAUCUGCCGUCUAACACGGCCUUCCGGGGGUUCGGAGGACCUCAGGGGCUGUUUGUCAUGGAAUCUAUCCUGUCGGAGAUUGCUGGUAGAUACGGGAUGUCAGAGUUGAAAAUGCGUGAACGCUACUUCUAUUGCGAGGGUGACAUCACUCACUUUGGCCAAGAACUGAAACAUUGGAAUCUGAAGCGAUGUUGGACAGAGUGCCUGACCAAGAGUGACUAUGACAACCGCCGGCGAGACGUUGACCAAUUCAACAGUGAGAAUCGCUGGCGUAAGCGAGGGAUCGCAGUCAUUCCCACCAAGUAUGGUAUCGCCUUCACCUUCAAACCUCUGAAUCAGGCCGGUGCCUUGGUACACAUCUACACGGACGGUGCAGUGUUAAUCAGUCACAGCGGUGUGGAGAUGGGUCAAGGGUUACACACCAAGAUGAUCCAGGUGGCAAGUCGGGCGUUGAGAAUCCCUCAAGAGAAGAUCCACAUCCUGGAGACCAAUACAGCGAUGGUGCCCAACACUUCCCCAACUGCUGCCAGCUCUGGCUCUGACCUCAACGGAAUGGCUAUCAAGGCUGCUUGCGAAACACUGUUGCAGAACUUGGAACCAUUCGUGCGCGACAACCCCAAAGGAACCUGGGAAGAGUGGGUGAAAGCCGCCUACAUGAAUCGUGUCAGCCUUUCUACCACUGGAUUCUACUCGACUCCCAACUUGUACUUUGAUUGGCAAACCGGCAACGGCAAGCCAUUCAAUUAUUUCUGCCACGGCGUCGCAGUCUCGGAGGUUGAGAUCGAUUGUCUGACUGGGGAUCACCAAGUACUGAGGACAGAUAUUGUCAUGGAUGUGGGAGACAGUAUCAACCCAGCCAUCGAUAUCGGUCAGAUUGAGGGUGCUUUCAUUCAGGGCUAUGGGCUAUUCGUCCUGGAGGAUUACCGAGUGACCCCAACCGGUCAACUGCUGACUAAAGGGCCUGGUUUCUACAAGAUCCCAGGGUUUGGCGACAUCCCGUCAGAGUUCAACGUCAGUCUGCUCACCAGGGCACCUAAUCCGUUUGCCGUCUGCUCCUCUAAGGCGAUUGGUGAACCACCCUUGUUCCUGGCAGCAUCAGUUUUCUUUGCCAUCAAGGAUGCCAUCCAGUCAGCCAGGGAUGAUGCAGGUGUUCCUGGGACCUUAAAGCUGGACAGUCCAGCCACGGCCGAGAGGAUCCGCAUGGCCUGCCAAGACCAAUUUACCAAACAGUUUCCUCCGCCAGAGCCUGGAACAUACACACCCUUCUUUGUGCGUCCAUAGUAGCGAAGUGCCUUCAGAUCCAAUUCAAAUUGGAGACUUUUUCCCUUGAUUCAAUGUCAAAUGAAGCAAUUCAGGUUAUGUAAAA